GUGACAGGGAUGUGGAUGUUCGGCCACCAGUUCUGCAAGGUGUGGAUCUCCUUUGACGUGAUGUUCUGCACAGCCUCCAUUGUAACCCUGUGCUUCAUUAGCCUGGACCGCUACUGCUCAGUGGUGACCCCGUACAACUACCCCAAGAGGAUGUCUCGCAAGAGAUGUAUCGUAAUGGCGGUGACCAUUUGGGUCUACUCGUCCCUCAUCUCCUUCUUGCCUGUGAUGCAGGGCUGGAAUGAGAUACCUGGCAUCCACUUCGACGUGGGCACCGAGUGCGUCUUCGUGACCAACUGGACAUUCGCCAUUGUGGCGUCCGCAUUGGCUUUCUACAUCCCCUUCCUCAUCAUGUGCUGCAUGUAUUUCUUCAUCUACCGGGCUUCCCGGCUAAAGGCCACCAGGAUCAUGUCCCAGACUCUGGACCUCCACUACCACCCCAACAGCAGGCGCCCCAACAACCUGCAGCUGGAGAACAAGGCGACCAGGACCAUGAGCAUCAUCAUCUCCGUCUUCGUCAUGUGCUGGCUCCCCUACUUUGUCCUCAACGUUUGGCUGGCGGUGCACGGCUCCGAGGAGACCAGCAAUGUCGUGGUCCACGUCUUCAAGGUGAUAACCUGGCUGGGCUACUGCAACUCCACCAUCAACCCCAUGCUCUACGCCUUCCUCAACCGGGACUUCCAGCGGGCGCUGAAGAAGCUGCUGGUCUGCCAGCGUUGGAGCUCACAGGUGGACAUCGGCGAGGACAUGGUCUCCAUCGUCACCUUCUCCAAGACCGCCCAGGACGCCGAGUACAACACCAGGGCGACCGGAGUCGCCAAUGGAACCAAAAGCAAAUCAAAGCCGUAGGAAGAGUUUACAUGAGUUUGGACGACAGGAGUGUGGAGUGUCAGCUCCAAGUGGGGAGCAACUGGAGUGAACAGCUGAAAGCUCUGCCUGGUUCUGUAUCAGGCAUUUGACCCCCAUCUUUCUGCACUGACUCACUCAGUAUUACUCAUAAUCCGUCUGAGAAAGGGAUCCCAGCCC